AUGGGCGCGGAAACCCCUGUCCCCGAGCGCGCUUCCAAGCUGGAUACAGUCGCCGAGGAGUCCAGCACAUAUCCAUCCCAUCCGAUCCCUCAGCUCCAAGGCCCCUUUGAAGAGUCAAUAGUCGAGACCGACGAUCCCGAAAAUGACAGAGUCGUGACCAUUGACGCGCAGACUCGACGGCGCGACUUGUUAGAAAAUGACCAAUACGAGCGCCUCUGUGGGAGGAGAUGGCGCCAAAGGGAAUCUGAAAAGUAUCAUCCAUUUUGGAAAUUGAUCUCUCAGAUGAUCUUCGGAGUGCAUCUGCUAGCGAAAGGUCUCGCAAGGUCUGAGACUUCGGUGAUGAAGAUUCUCCAGAAUCAUGUCAAUGAAUUAGAUGGCUUUUUGGAGCGGACGACGGAGGAUCUGUUGAUCGUGCGACUGGAUGUUCGCACGCGCAUCCAAUACCUGAGUCUGCCGCUGGGUAAUCUGGAGGUCUUUGACGAGAUGCUGGUAGAUCGGAGCUUCCGUCUGUCCAUCGUUGCCUAUAAUGAUCAGAUCGAGCACUCCAUUGAUCGGUUUACCCUGGCGAUCACGGACGCCCUCAAGGAUCUGCAAAAGGCCAAGGAGGCGAUGGGAGCUUUGUGGUUCUUUUUCAAGGAAUUGAGUAACGGGGGUUGUUUUGCUUCAGACAGCCUCAAGGCCUUUUACCAGGCCAUGAUGGAUAAUAUGGAAGGCUGGAUCGUGGCUAUUUCCAAGCUCCGACGACAGGGCACUGCUCUGCAGAAGGCUCUAAGCCAACUUGGGUUGGCGACUACGGAAAUGCAGCGACGUGUUGGGGUUGCGAGUAGAAAGGAUGUGCGAUCAUUCAUCAAACAAAGCAACAAGAUUGCCAGUCGAAACAAGUCCAUCAAACAAAAGCUGUUCGAGAGGAGAUCAUCGACUAUCCCAGAGAAGCCUCUACCACGCGAUCCACUCUCCCGGCCAAAGAGGACCCCUACGACGUCCAAGCCAGAGAACCCUCCAGCUACAUCUAAAGAUCAAGCAGAAACACCCAACCCAGCUACUCCUGAUGCUCGAAAAAUCCUCAACCGAGCCAAAUCAUGCAGUGCUCUGAUGCCAGAAGCCACUGCAGACCAAAAGCCACCACCUCUCCCAUCAACCUCUGGCAAACUCAAGCGAAGGUUAUCCAGACCAUUCCUCAAACGAGCCACCAGCGAGAAGCUCGACCUCCAAGAACGACCCAAAACAGCACCCCAACCACUCCGACCCUCACGCAGCAUCUCAAUCGAACAACUCCGAGCAUUUUGCACAACCCCCCGCCCACGCACCAGACAAUCAAUGGUGAAAUCACCCACACAAGCCCGACAAGAGACCCACGACCAGCUCAACGGCCUCGACACGAUGAAAGACCAGAUCUCCCAAUUCCUCAAGACCGACCGCGUCGUCGAGGCUUGGGAUAGCGUAUCCCGUAGUGCGACCUGCUGCGCACGCCCCAUCAAGACGAAAGAGUGGCCCAGUAGCAUCUUCCGCACGAAAUCAUCAACGACGCUGGAGAAGGAGGGUCCCGGGUCCGGGGAGGGCCAGGAUUUGGAGAGACAGAUGUCGUGGGUGCAGGAAACCUUUGACGUGCUGCCGACGCAUUCCUUUAAGGUGAAGCCGGAAAUGUCGCCGCGCAUCCAUGUUCUCUCGGUGCAGAUGACGCUGGAUGAAGAGGUGGGUGAGCGGGAGGCGAGUUUGGAUCUUAGGAGCGAUGGGUCUAUUACGGCGUUGCCGGCUGUGCCGCCACCUCCAAUUCCUCCGAUUGCAUUGGAGCACCGAUCUACACUGAUCGACUGUGAGGGUUGA